AAAAAAUGGGGCACAUUACAUCAAAGGAGGAGAGCUGAUAGGGCAGAAUGUGGCCUGUACUUUCAUAGUAAUCUAUAUGGAAAUUCAGGGCAACUUGCACUAGGGAUUUUUAAUGUCAUUGCAAUACCAGGCUCACUUUCAUGUCACAUGCUACACCCCAAACUGAACUUCUCAUUCUGUGGCUGCCAUUAUGCUCAUAUUUCCUCAAACCGGGCAAAUGAUGCCUUUACAUGUUGUUUUUAUAUUUACUUUUAUAGUACAUAUUUCAGCAUGCGCUAAACUUGCAGUACUGUUCUGAGGGGGACAAUAAUUGUUUCAGUGGGGAGAUGGACUGGGGAUGGGAGUAGUACUGCAGCGAGGAAGUGUUUGCUGGUGCACGAGAGCAGAGGUGACUAACACAACGUUUUCACAUUGCUUCCAAUGCUGGGUGAGGAAGGCUGCCUGUAGCUCUGCUGAAUAUGGACAGCUUUGCAAAACAGCAAGUCUGAAGAAGAGAUAAGCCUGAAAGUUGUUUUCGCAUUGCCCCGCCAUCCCCCACAAUGGCUCUUCUCCUUGCCCAGUAAACUAGAGAAUAGAUGCAACACAGCUUCCCCCACUGCUGCUCUGCACUUCAACAGAAUAAAGUUUGAAUCCUUUUCAGUCUUUUACUUUGUCACUAUUUUCUUCUACAUGUCUAGUCAAAAGAGAAUCUUAAUAAAGUGGUUUAGAGAGUUCUUCCGCCACUUCCUUUAUUACUCUAGGAUGGAGUUCAUCAGGUGCUGGAGCUUCAAAUACAUUAAGCUCUUCAAGGUGCAUUCAGAUGCUCUUUGGCCAUUUGUCUGUUGAUCCUCAUUCCAGACCUGGAAAAACAGAAGCAAUGAAAUUUCUUCUGGGGAUGGAAGAGGGCAACUUCUAGCAAAUGUGAAACUGAAAUCUGAGCAUAAUUGGCACUACCAUGUUCUUUAAAAUAACAAAACACAAACCACUCAUUGUUGCUGCAAAUACUUGCCAGUCUGGUUCUAAUAGUAUCAAAGGAUGUUCAGUCUCUUCCACUCCACGCUCAGUCAAGGAAUAUGAAUAAACUACUUGGCUAUGGGCUACCCAAAGAGGGAGUAAGGUAGUGAUUUGCCUCAGGCCUCCACAAAGCAAGCCCUCUCCCUUGUUUCAGCUCCUGAGUGUAUUAUUGUACUUUUCUUGGUCCCACUACAUAAUUGCUUACUGUAUAGUCACCUAUGCAUGGAUUUUUUAGAGGGGGCAGAAACAGAGAACCCCACAUCACACAUGCCCCAGGUUCUGUAAAUCCCCCUGGCACCCCUACCAACUGAACUCAGAGGCAGAACUGCUUUCUUCCUCCUCCACCAGUACCCAGAUAAGUGAAAUUUUCAUUUAUUUCAAAGGCUUGAAGGUUGCUAACAACAAUAAAAUAUCUUUAAAGUCCAACACAUCUCAAAAACAAUAGCAAUGAAAGCAACAAUGAAAAGGCACCCAAUACAAUUUUUAAAAACAUAACCAAAAGCCUUCCUAAAAAAGAAAGAGGAAUGCUUCUCUUGAGCAGGAACGUCAAAGCCAGGAUGUUGCCAAUGGAAAGGUUCUUUACUACCAGAUGUAUUUCAGGAGCUGUUAAUGCAACAGGUAACCCCUCUCAUAUUGUUUCUGCAAUGUAGAACAGUCUUUCCAACAUAUUCACAGGAGAAAAUGGGAACACUGUUGUAUUUGUGACAUCCCUCUUCCCAAAUCAGUUAUUCCCUGGCCAUCCUUCCUUCAUGAAUCAUCUGCUCUAUUUGCUGUAGUAAAUGUUACUAAUUUGCUCUAGAGUAGUUUCCUGAAACAGCUUCUGAAGCAGGCCAGUUAGUAAACUGAUUACAACAGCAUCGUUCCCCGCCAUCGUCAAAGAAAUCUAAGGAUUUGUGAUGGAUCUAGUUGUGCUUAUUAUGGAACAGCUGCAACUCAAAUGCAGAUGUUGCCACCUGCAUUUGAGUUUCUGCUGUUCCAUAAUCCAGCAACAUUUGCUGUCUGGAUGGUAGUCUGUGAUAGGUCCACAGAAAGGAAAUUAGACCAUCUACAAAGUUUAUCAUAGAAUAUCAUGCAUUUAUUGCAUGUUUACCAAAAAAGCCUCAACUCUUUACAGCAUAGUUCCCGAAUGAAGUUUUCCUUCAAUUACAAGCUGCAAAGCACGGGAACACAAAGUUCUGCAAAUCCUGAGGUUAGCUGCCAGCCAUAUCCUGUUUAUUUUACUUUCUGUGGUGCAUAGGAGGUGUGAACAAAGUCAAUGCCUAUGAAUAUAUGAAAGCUGUUGACAUACUUUGUGUUUCCCAUGGUUAUUAGGUCAGCGUGCCAUCUAUAUUUGUGAAGUUUUUUUUUAAUUGCUCAGUGCAUUACUGCAACAGCAGGGCUUGUAUUUGAUCUGCAGUAGUUGUUUCACACCUGCAGUUCAUCACUUGAUACUGAAGUGAUCAACAUACAACAUACUGUGCACCACAAAACCGAAGAAGCAUCUGCUUUGUUAUAUCUUCUUGGGAAAUGUCCAUUUACUUUCCACAAGGCCCCCAUGUCCUAUAGGUCAUCAUUUUAGUUUUGUAAAUCAACACUAGCUAAACAGCAUCUCGGUUCAAAAGCUAAAAGAUCAAAGAGGACUGUGUGCAAUAAAGAGUAGGCAAGAAAAGAAAAGGUUACAGCAAUAGUAAAAUGUGCAAAAAUAUCAUUUGGGAACUAUAAACAUGACAGACUAUUCUAGACAUGACAUUUAGUGUGCACGGAUGAUUUUAUACAGUAUUUUGCAUGUGUUUCACAUGAUAUUAUCUUUCUCCAGUUCUUUGCAGCCAUGUCCACAGCUUUAUAUUGAAGAAAAUUUGGUGUUAUCCAUGAAUAAUGGGAAACCCUCAGUUUUCCAAACGGGAAGGAUGUUAGGGAGGUUGCUGCUUGCAUUUGCCUGGGUUACUGUUGCAUAUUCUGAACUUUGCAAACCAGAUGCACAGAAUGCUUUCAAAGUGCGGCUUAGUAUCAAAACAGCUCUAGGAGACAAUGCAUAUAGCUGGGAUGCUACUGAAGAAUAUCUAUUUAAAGCAAUGGUGGCUUUUGCCAUGAGAAGAUAUUCCAAACAAGAAACCAUUCAAAGUUCCAAUGUAUUGCUUUGCAAUAAAACAGAUCGGGUAUCAUUUUGGUUCGUGGUCACUAAUUCAUCCACCAAAGCUACAACUUUUCCCAGGAGUGAUGUGGAAGCAGCCAUAAGGAUGAACCGAAACCGAAUCAACAGUGCUUUUUUACUCAGUGAUGACACACUGCAGUUCCUGAAAGUCUCGUCAACUUUAGCUCCAUCAGCUGAACAGUCUUUACCAAACUGGUUGAUUGCAUUUGGUGUUGUUCUUUGCAUCACUUUGGUUGGAAUUCUUUUCCUUAUAGUAUCUGGAAUCCGUCAGCAGAAAAGAGAUAAUAAGAAGAUUGAAGAAAGAGAAGCUCUAGGACAGAAAUGUGAUACAGCCAUAACAAUGGAAAAUGGAAUUCCCUGUGAUUCCUUAGGUAUAAAAGCUGGCCAGAUAAAUGGAGUCUACACAGCAGCAGAUGAUGAACGGUUCACUCCCUUGUGAACUGUCACUGUUUCUCUCCAUCCCUUUGAGAGACUCUGCCCCCAUUUUAUGUAGCUAUUCAUGCUAAUUAUCAAGCAAGUGAAGAAC